CUGCAACUUUAUCCUUGUGUUGUAGUUUUGCUGUACGCUGUUCUUCAUCUCAUUCUAACUGGUUUGUCUCUGUAUGGUUUCUAUUCCUCCAGACCUGCUUUUGUUCGUCCGUUUCUCCUGGAUGUAGCCCUUAGUUUCUUAUUUCUUCUGGCUUUCAUUUUCAUAUCAGCGUUUUUGUAUUGGAGAUUGGAUAUGAACGCUUCUCAAGAGGAGAGCGAUAUGAAGAAGGAGUGUUUAAGAAACGUCUAUAUUGGAGCGGCAUUUGUUUUCUCCUAUCUACUGUGGUUAAUAGUUUCAAUAGCGGCCUACAAAGACACUAAGAAGCUGUACACUGAAUUUACGUCUUGGACAGCCGAAUAUGAAAACAGUAUGCGUUCCAAAGCAAACAAGUCGAACAAAAGUGCAAAAAUUGAUCAAACUUCAAUAAUUUCGACCAGUUCAGAUUUGAUGUUGACUAAAAAUUCUGCUGUUAACUUAAGACUAUCAGUACCUCUAUAA